AUGCUAAGGCAGGUUGUACCAUUGUGUUUACAAUUUCAUGUUUAUUAGUUGCUUUUCUAGAUCUUAUAAGUACUUUAACAGUACCCACAGAUCCCGUUGAAGACAUUUGAGCCGCAUGAAGCAGUAAAAAACAUGAAAGAAGGAGAAUAAUUAUUAUUUUGUUAUUUGUGCAAAGCUCAUUGUGUUGAAGCUUCGAAACACUGCUCUUAAUGCGACAGAUGUGUAUUCAAUUUUGAUCAUCACUGUUAAUGGCUUAAUAAUUGCGUGGGAUAAUCGAACUAUAGAUACUUUUUUGGGUUGAUAGUUGCAACAAUGAUACUAAUAUCAGCUCAUUUAUCUAUCUGCUUAUACACUAUUAUCCUUUACUUCUAAGAUAGAGAUGAAUACAUUUUAAAUGUAGCCAAAUUCUAUAAAAUGCCAGAUUAUGAUUCAGAGAGACACAUUUUACUUCAUGAUAAUAACGUAUUAGAAGUUUGCAAAGCUCUAUUUGGUUUGACUUGGAUUAUAUUCAUAAUUGAAAUACCUUUCAUGAUAGGGAUAGCUCAACUUGUAUUUUUCCAUAUUUAUCUGAUUAGAACUGGAUAAUCAACUUUUGAGUACAUUACUUAAAAGUAGCAAAAGUAAAAAGACUAAGAGAUUAUUAAACUAAAAGAGAAAAUGAAGAAAAAUGGGGUAAAGCAUCGAGAAUAAAUUAAGUAAACAAUAAAUCAUUCAGAUUAGAUUUAUUCUUAACAGUUGAACUAGAGUCAAACUAUUAACUAGCAAUUCGAAGUUAAUAAUGAUUUGAAUAAUAGUCUUACUCCCUUAAAUGCUAGCCAUUCAAGGCUCUAGAAUUCUUAAUAAUCAUCUUUUAAAAAGAAAAAUAAUAGGAAUUUACAUCCAAGAACAAAAAGUGAUAGCUACAUCUAAGAAUCUGAUGACUAAAAAGAUUUUAGAGUAAUAAAAUAAAAGAAAAAAUCACUGUGCUAAAAGCUUAGUGCAAGUAUUCAUAGAGAAUAUCCUGAGGAUAAUAGCUCAAGACCUCUCAAAAAAUCUGAAAAGGAUGAGCAAUUUCAUUCCUAAAAUCAGCAUAUGAUAUUGGCAGAUUAGCUUAGCAAUAGUACCUAUCCAUUGAAUUAGUAAGAUACUAAAUAAAAACAGAAAUCUCAUCGAAGAUCUCAAAAAGAAGAAAUGAGUAUUAAGAUGAAUACCUCGAAGACCAGUUUCAAGAUAUUAGUCAAUAAUAAUCAGGCUAUUUAAUAAGAUUACUCCUUCAGUCGACAACAAAUGGGAACAAGCAAGAAUUAUGACUACGAAGGAGAUCACUACAAUGAAGAUCUAGAGAUAAAGGAAAUUAACAAGAAUGACCUGAGUAUUAUUGCUUUGAUGAAUGAUCAACAUCAUCUUGAUAGACCAGAGAACUCAUUUGAAAAGCAGCUCUAGCGUAUAUCGCAUAACUCAGAAUCUAACAACGAAUAUGAUGAAACAAACAGAAUGACUCUAAAUAGAAAUUCAGAAUUGUCUAUGUAUCAUCAUCGACCCUAGGUCAGAAGUCAAAUGAGUGGGGCUAAGGUUUAUAAAAGCAAGAAAGGCAAAAAGAAAAGGCAUACUUCGAACAUUUAGAACUUGAUGGUGACAAGUGGCUAUGCAUCAGGGGUUUGGUAGAUGUAAAAUGGCAUGACACAAGCAGACAAACAGUCUUCUUAGCACUCCUUGCCUUUUAUUACUAACUCAAUGGUAGAAAAGAAUGAAUUCUUGAAAAAUCUAGCUUAGGUGCCAAUUCAAAGUUUAGGUAAAAGCAAGUAACAACACAAAUAGUUAGUGUCUUAGCAUAAAAUCAAUGAGCCUGAGAGUGAACCUCCUUACUAAUUCUCAUAAAAGCACACCAAACAUUUGAAUAGCCUCUAAUCUUCGUAGCAGGAUAUGGUUAUUAAUAGUAACUCUCAAAGGAAAUUAAGGGAUAGUAAUUUUCAAUAGUUGAGAAAAUUAGAGUCAGGGGACUAAUCAAUCGCAAGUAAGAUUAUAAGUUUUCCUUAGAAUCAAGUAGCUGAUGCUUAAGCUAAUCUCAUUGCCAGAUUCUAAAGCCAGGAUGGCUACCUUUAUAACCCAUAGCCUGAAUUUGUGAAUGCUAUGCCUCAUCAUGAUCUUUUAGAUGAUUCAAAUGCUUCAUUCAAUGAACAAGAGGAUUCUGUACAUUAAAGUAAAUACCAUUCUUCAAGAUCUAUGGAAGGUGAAAAAUCCAAAUCAGAAAGUAGGGUGAAGAGAAAGGUAAAAAGUUAAUGUAAUGCAGAAUAAUAUGACCUUUAAAACAUUUAGAAUCGAAGCUAUACCGAUGCAGCAUACUAGGAUGAGAAUGACUACGGUGCUGAAGACAUCUAGAGAGUUGGAGAGGAAAAUGAAGAAGAUGAGGAAUCAGAGGGAUUACACGAAUAAGAUGACUUAAGCAAAAAGUUUGAAGCAAUACUAAGUGGAUCAGGCGCUUUUAUAAUGAACAAAUCUGAUUACGAAGAUGAUUCUAACUUAGAGUAGCCAAACAACUAAAUUAUUAGCGAUGAAAAUCAGAACAUCUUCGACAAUAAUGGUGCUACAAAUAAUUAGCCUGGCUAAAAGAAGACAAGAAAUUAGACUUUUUAGUAACAAACUUAGAUAAUCAGAUUCGAGAGAGAAAAAGAUCAGCUUAUUUCAGGCCUUUUAAGCCCAAUAGAUGCAACAGCAAAUACUAAUAAUAAAAGGUCGCAGUUUUCAAAGGUUCGCAGGAUUCAUAACUUCUCGCUAGAAUAUGUAAGCCCAAGGGUCGCGGGCAGCGAUAUAUAAGAUAAUUAAAACUUAUGA